ACCCGGCGGUCAGACUCAACGCUGCAAAGGAGUGACAAUUUGCGUUUUACUUUUCAGACGUCUAAAACAAGUAAAGUUCGAUUUUAAACGGCGCUCCAACACCUGGAGAAAAAAACAGGAAUAUUCUCGUACGAAAGGAAUUACGUUCUGAGUCAAAGAAAAGCUCGAAGCCAUGCCAUCGAAGACGGCGAAGGUCAGGGGGAAGGGGGCUCAGAACCGAGACGAGUCGGACGAAGAGCUCCAUGUGCCCCCCGCCGAAAGUGACUUGGACGGCCGAGGAGGAUCGGCGGUCACCCAUGAUGCCGCGGCCGUGGUGCCGGUGGAUGACCGCAGUCUGGAGGAGAUCUUGAGCAGCAUCCCCCCACCCCCGCCCCCCGCCAUGACCAACGAGCCCGGCGCCCCCCGCUUGAUGAUCACGCACAUCGUGAACCACAACUUCAAAUCGUACGCAGGAGAGCAGGUCCUGGGCCCUUUCCAUAAGCGUUUUUCCUGCAUCAUUGGUCCAAAUGGCAGUGGAAAAUCCAACGUGAUAGAUUCGAUGCUAUUUGUGUUUGGAUAUAGGGCCCAAAAGAUCAGGUCAAAAAAGCUCUCAGUGCUCAUUCACAGCUCUGACCAGCACAAGGACAUUCAGAGCUGCACUGUGGAGGUGCACUUUCAGAAAAUUAUUGACAAGGAAGGAGAUGACUACGAAGUAAUCCCUAACAGCAAGUUCUAUGUUUCAAGAACUGCCAGUAGAGAUAAUUCCUCAGUUUACCACAUCAGUGGCAAAAAGGCAACCUUCAAAGAUGUUGGAACAUUGCUGCGUAGCCAUGGCAUAGACUUGGACCACAACAGAUUUUUGAUUUUACAGGGAGAAGUGGAGCAAAUUGCCAUGAUGAAACCCAAGGGGCAGACAGAGCACGAUGAGGGCAUGCUGGAGUACUUGGAGGACAUCAUUGGCUCCUGCCGCCUCAAAGAGCCCAUCCAGACACUUUGUCGGCGCGGGGAACUGCUGAACGAGCAGAGGGGGGAGAAGCUGAACCGUGUAAAGAUGGUGGAGAAGGAGAAAUCUGCCCUGGAGGGUGAGAAAAACAUGGCAGUGGAGUUCCUCACUAUGGAGAAUGAGAUCUUCAAGAAUCGCAGCCACCUCUGCCAGUACUACAUCUAUGACCUGCAAAAGAGAGUAACAGAGAAGGAGGCAGAAAAACAGAAAAUUCUGGAUGACACUAAGGAAUUGACAGAGAAGACCAAUAAGCUCUCCGAAGAAAUGAAACAGAAAAACCAGGAUUUAAAAAAUGUGGAAAAGAAGCUGGGAGAACUGAACAAGUUUAUUGAGGUCCAGAAAGAGAAGUUCACCCAGCUUGACCUGCAGGAUGUGGAGGUGCGCGAGAAACUGAAACAUUCCAAGAGCAAGAUGAAGAAGCUACAGAAGCAACUUAUAAAGGACAAAGAGAAGCUUGAAGAAGUAAAGAACGUCCCAAUGAAUAGUGAGAAAAUCAUUGCUGAGGCUACUGCAAAGAAAAAGGAGCUGGAAGAUCAGAAGAUGACUGAGGAAGAAAAGCUGAAGCAGGUUAUGGAGAGCCUAAAGGAGGAGACUGCUGGCUUGCAGCAAGACAAAGAGACAAAGGAGAAGGACUUGAUGGAGCUUGGUAAGACAGUCAAUGAGACCCGCUCCCGCAUGGAUGUAGCCCAAUCUGAGCUGGACAUCUACUUGAGCCGGCACAACACGGCUGUGACACAGCUCAACAAGGCUAAGGAGAUGCUGCACUCAACAAUGGAGACUCUACGGGAGAGGAGGGCUGCCAUCAAGGAUUUGGAAGUCAAAAUCCCAAAAUCUGAGCAACAGCUUAAAAAAGAUGAGAAGGAGCUGGAGCAGAUCACACAGGCAGAUGAGCAGGCAAGGGAAGUGGUGAAAGACAUGAGGCAGAAGGUGGAAGAAGCCAGAAGUUCACUUUCUUCCAACUGCAGUAAGGGAAAGGUUCUCGAUGCUCUAAUGCAACAGAAGAAGAGCGGCAAAAUCCCAGGCAUCCUUGGAAGGCUGGGAGACCUGGGAGCGAUUGAUGAAAAGUAUGAUGUUGCUAUAUCAUCGAGUUGUGGUGCAUUGGAUAACAUCUUGGUGGACACUAUUGACACUGCCCAGAAGUGCGUCAACUUCCUGAAGACCCAGAAUAUUGGGGUUGCCACUUUCAUAGGGUUGGACAAGAUGAAAGUGUGGGAGAAGAGCAUGGGACAGAUUGCAACCCCAGAGAACAUCCCACGUCUGUUUGACAUGGUGAAGGUGAAGGAUGAGGCUGUGCGCCCAGCCUUCUACUUUGCCCUUCGUGACACGUUAGUGGCGAAUGAUCUAGAGCAGGCUACGCGGCUUGCCUUCCAGAAGGAUAAGCGAUGGAGAGUGGUGACCCUGCAAGGCCAGAUUAUUGAGCAGGCUGGUACGAUGACUGGAGGGGGUGGUCGUGUAAUGCGGGGCAGAAUGGGCACUUCUGUGGGAGUGGAGGUCACACAGGAGGAGCUGGACAAGAUGGAAAAGAAGCUGAAUGUACAGAUGGCACAAAUGCAGGGUCACCAGGAGAUGAAGCUCCAACUGGAGGAGAGGGUACACCAACUGAGGCAGGAGCUCCGUGAAAUGAGGAACACACUGGAGAAGUAUACUGCCAGCAUUCAGAGUCUGUCGGAGCAAGAAGUUCACUUAAAGUCUCAGAUUAAGGAGUUGGAAGCCAAUGUCAUUGCAGCAGCUCCUGAUAAGAACAAGCAGAAACAGAUGGAGGAAACCUUGAAAGCUUUUAAGAAAGAUUAUGAGAAUGCUUCAAGUAAAGCUGGCAAAGUAGAGGCAGAGGUGAAAAGACUGCAUAACCUCAUUGUGGAGAUCAACAGCCACAAGCUGAAGGCCCAGCAGGAUAAGCUGGACAGAGUCAACAAACAGCUGGACGAGUGUUCGUCAGCCAUCACCAAGGCCCAGGUGGACAUCAAGACUGCUGACAGGAACAUAAAGAAGUCUGAGGAUGCGGUGGCUCGCUUGGAAACUGAGAUGGCAGAAAAUGAGAAGGCCAUUGAGGAGCUGAUGGUACAGCUGAAGCAGCUUGAGGAGCAGGCAGCUGAAAUUAUGAAGGAAUGUCAGGAGGCAGAGGACGCGCUGCCUGAGGUGCAGGAGCAGCACCGUGGUGUGCUUCAGGAGAUCAAGGCCAUCCAGGAGCAGGAACACACAGUCCAGAAGGAGUGUCUCAGUGUACGGCUAAAGGUGGAGCAGAUUGAGGGGGCCAUCUCCGAGCACCAGAGCAAGAUCAAGCACUGGCAGAGAGAGAUCUCAAAGCUCUCCCUGCACGCCAUUGAUGACAAGCCAGCGGAGGAAUUGCCAGUUCUGACCCCUGAAGAUGUGACUGCCCAGGAUCCUGACAUGCUGAACAACAAGAUUGCUCUGCUAGAAGCACGCUGUGCCCAGAUGAAGCCCAACUUGGGUGCCAUUGCAGAGUACAGGAAGAAGGAAGAGUUAUACCUGCAGCGUGUGGCAGAGCUGGAUGAGAUCACCACAGAGCGGGACAAAUUCAAGCGUGCAUGUGAAGACUUGCGCAAACAGCGUCUUAACGAGUUCAUGGCCGGUUUCAACAUCAUCACGAACAAACUGAAGGAGAACUACCAGAUGCUAACUCUCGGGGGGGAUGCUGAGCUUGAGCUUGUGGAUAGCCUGGACCCUUUCUCUGAGGGCAUUAUGUUCAGUGUCCGACCCCCGAAGAAGAGUUGGAAGAAGAUCUUUAAUUUGUCUGGUGGAGAAAAGACACUCAGUUCCCUGGCCCUGGUCUUUGCCCUCCACCACUUCAAACCCACACCUCUGUACUUCAUGGAUGAGAUUGAUGCUGCCCUUGACUUCAAGAAUGUAUCUAUUGUGGCUUUUUACAUCUAUGAACAAACCAAGAACGCCCAGUUCAUUAUCAUCUCGCUGCGAAACAAUAUGUUUGAGAUUGCUGACCGGCUCAUUGGCAUCUACAAGACUCACAACACCACGAAGAGUGUGGGCAUAAACCCCAAGACCAUCGCCUUCAGAGAGCUGCAGGAGGGAGUUUCUGCUUGAAAUUGAA